UAAGCGAUACCUACGUACUCGCCGGAUAGAGCGCAUGAAUAAAACGCACCCAUCUGCGUAUUUCUUGGCAUCUCUUAUGCCGAAUAAAUCAAAUAAAUUCUUAUUUUUUUUUGGUUCGUGUUAAAGUGUGUUGAUACGACAGAAAAAAAAGCGACAAGAACAUAUUUAAAUGCCUGGAUAAAGUACAAUAUUUUUUUAAUAUAUUUUUUUUUAAAUGCAAACUUAAUGCAAAAGUGACAGUGUUUCGGCUCAAAUGUGUUUCUGUGCCAAUAAAGCAAGUGAUUUUCUAUUACCAACAGUUUCGACUUCAUUUCUUGAGUGUAGGCAACAAAAUAAAAAGCAGCAGCAAAUGUAAUUUAAAUGGUAAAGAAAAAAGGGAAAGAUAUACUCAAUCAUCGAUAAAAUUCAGUGCCAGAACGCAGCUGAGUUUUUUCGGAACUAAGAUGAAGGUUACUGAUUUCUCUCGAGAACAUUCCGUAAGUCACGUCGCCCCGUGCAAAGGAUGAGGCUUCCAAAAGGAUAUAGGACAUCAUCACCAGCAUCGAACGCUGCCCAGACGUUGCCACUAUCCUACAAUUCACAAACUAGUCUGAGCCUCCUUCGGUUGCUCGCAAUUGUCUUGGUAAUUGGAUCGCAAGUUCAUGUUCUAUGCACGGCAUCCGUCGAAGCAAAAACCACCUCGGCAAGUACACAGCACAGAGACGGCGAAAAUCGUACUUUCCUUUUUGAUGACUAUAAUAAAACUAAAACGACAUUAUCAACCGCUGAUUACUUGUCAGCAACAAGGACGACCCCUUACGCACAUUCACCGCAGGUCCACGACCAAGAGCAGUCUGAAAUGCCUGUUGAGGCGUCGAGCUCAUCAUCUUAUAGCGCCGCCAUUCCAACGAAAAUGAGCAGGGAUAAAAUGACCAUGGAGACAUCGGGCAGCAUGGAGAUUAGCAGUAAUAGCCUUCCAAUCAAAAAUUUAGGUACAACUGAUCAGCUAACGACGGUGACAAUGCCAACAACGGCAUUCGCUUCAAUGAAAAUCGAUAAAAGUACCAUGAAACAGCCAAUUGAUUCAACGCGAACGAGAAAUCAUUGGACAGCAAGUGGAUUUGCCCGUGUUACAGAGCGACCCCGGAGCAAACACCACCACGAGCACCAUUGGGGACCCUUUUUUGAGGAGCCCAUCAACUCGGCAACUUCGGGCGACAAUCUCGUAUCCGCCGUUCAUCUGUUUACGGAAGCGGUCCUCAAUUGCCGUGUCGGUAUGCUCAAGGACAAAACUGUCAUGUGGGUAAGGCGAACAGCGGAGAAGGUAUCACUUCUGACCGUUGGUAAUGUAACCUACAGUGGAGACCCUCGGAUUCGAGUGAAGUUCCAGUACCCUAACAAUUGGCGGUUACUUAUCAAUCCAACUCAGUCUGAUGAUGCCGGAGUGUACAUGUGCCAGGUUUCCACCCAUCCACCUAGAGUAUUCACCACAAACCUUACUAUAUUGGAACCCCCUUUAAGGAUAAUUGAUGAACAUGAAAGGGAUGUCGGGGAUCGUUAUUAUAAGUCAGGAAGCACCGUCGAUCUACAAUGCCAAAUAUCACGUAGCUUUUUCCAAAAGGAACGUCAAACCAUUCUAAAAUCAACUGAUUCUGCAAAUGAUUCUGUUCAAAAACUAUUUAAUGAAACGUCUAGUGAGCUUAAUUUAAUCGGUAACUCAAGUCAGACGAAACAAAAAUUCUCUGGCCAAGAUCUGGAGAAAUACUUUACCAAGUUUAUUACUUGGGCAAAAGAUGAAGAACCACUCCAGGGAAUGACCAAUAAACGUUUAAGUGUUUCUGACGUAUGGCUAACUAGUCGUAUUUCUAUUGGUGACGCCAAACUAUCCGAUAGUGGAAACUAUUCCUGUUCUCUUGGCAGACUGUUUACUGUAAUUGUCCAGGUUCAAGUGCUCACAGGGGAACUACCAGCGGCUGUCCAGCAUAAUAUAGCAUCAAGGACCGAAAUCUGUUCCCUGGCACUAAUAGGUCUUCUACUUGAAAUCAUUUUCCUCUUGACUUGCCUGAAAACUGAGAGUCGAAAAUUCUGAGGCAUUAAUCUGUAAACUCAAGCCACUCGAUUUUCACAAAACAAUUAACCAAUAAUAUUAAGAAUAAACGAGAUUGGCUGGUUCUAAACAAAGGUUUUAGUUUUAAAGUUGAGAAUCAGAAGGUGAUUUCCCUUACAUAUUUAUGUUAUAGUGCCUACGGUGUAAUAAGACUUAAAAUUAUUUUGACAAAUAUUCUUAAAAAUUGAUUUAAAAUGGAUUAAAAAAACACAACUAGGAAAAAACCAAUGGUUUAAAAAAUAUCGUCGAACUUUUUCCUAGUUAAUUUAGUAUUGAUGUUGAAAUGUCGCACAGAUGUUAUGAUACCUCUUAAAGAGUUAAGAAACUGGCGAGGAUCGCAAUUAAAGUCUCGAAAAUAUGUAAUUUACCUUUCAACGACGAUUUAAAACUGAUGGAUUAGUAUAUGUUUUAAUAACUUUUGCUAGCAAAUCAAAUGUAUGAUACGUUACUUUUAGUUUUUACCACUAAUUCACAGGAUAACAAUAUAUAAAAACAAAAAACGAAAACGAUCUGAUUAAAACCUUAUGCGGUAUACUACUUUUUCAUCACCUAUUUUAAUGUUUAUAUUUCUGGGUGAUUUCGGAUUAAUACUUGGGGAAUUCCACUAU